AUGCAUCUUGAGAUAAAUUAUGUUUAUUUCUUCCUAUUAAAUAGAGCCAUUCAAUUUCCAGAAGAAAAACAAUUUAUCAAGUUGGUUAAUAAACUCUCUAUAUUCAUGAUGUCUGUGAAUCAAAUAUCUAAUCAAAAUGAGGAUCAUCGAAAUUGGAUUAGUUCAUAAAAUAUUACCAAUCAUCAACUCAAGGUCUACUACUAUAAUCAAUAUAAUCAUCAGUUUGAAAUAAAGAACAAUGCAAUAAAUAAUGACUUUGUAGUUAAAUGGACCUUUAAAGUAAUUUAGUUAUUUUCUACAUCCUAUCCUUAAUUUUCUAUGUUUUGA